AACGCGAGCCCAUGCAGCAGCCGCAGGCGUCGCCGGCCGAGCCUGGCUCGUCGCCCAAGCAGCCGACCGCCUUCUCGGUCGACGACAUCCUGGACCCAGCCAAGUUCACCGGCACGCGGUUCCGGUGGCGGCCGCUGCUCGACUCCUCCACCGAGUGGCCACCCGACGAACGCGGCGCGUCGCCGGCCAAGGGUGGCAAGUCCUCGUCGUCGUCCUCGUCCUCGUCGUGCUCCAAGAAGAAGCCCGAGCCCAAGGCGGGCAAGCCACGGCGUGCGCGCACCGCCUUCACGUACGAACAGCUGGUGGCUCUCGAGAACAAGUUCAAGACGACCCGCUACCUGAGCGUCUGCGAGCGGCUCAACCUGGCGCUGUCGCUGCGGCUCACCGAGACGCAGGUCAAGAUCUGGUUCCAGAAUCGACGCACCAAGUGGAAGAAGCAGAACCCGGGCCUGGACGCCAACAGCCCCGCGCUGCCGGCAUCGCCGCCGUCGCCCUUCUCGGCGGGAUCCCUGUACGGGCCCUACCUGGCGCCCUACUCCGUCUUCCCGCAGCCGCCUUUCUUCCCGUCGUAGCGCCGCCCCGUCCCACCUUGUACAGUCGCAAUAAACCCG